GCCGGUUACAUAACUCGUUGCGGGCUCCGCGCGGUCCCACUUCCCGGCUCCCUUCGCCUCCAGGAUGCGCUGAGCCCUACAACACCCCCAGCGGCCGCCGGCUCCCCCACGAGGUGUGAAUGACAGAGGUGGUGCCAUCCAGCGCGCUCAGCGCGGUCAGCCUGCGCCUCCUCUGCCACGAUGACAUAGACACUGUGAAGCACCUGUGUGGCGACUGGUUCCCCAUCGAGUACCCAGACUCAUGGUAUCGUGAUAUCACAUCCAACAAGAAGUUCUUUUCCCUUGCUGCAACCUACAGAGGUGCCAUUGUGGGAAUGAUAGUAGCUGAAAUUAAGAACAGGACCAAAAUACAUAAAGAGGAUGGAGAUAUUCUAGCAUCCAACUUCUCUGUUGACACACAAGUCGCGUACAUCCUGAGUCUGGGCGUCGUGAAAGAGUUCAGGAAGCACGGCAUAGGUUCCCUCUUACUUGAAAGUUUAAAGGAUCACAUAUCAACCACCGCCCAGGACCACUGCAAAGCCAUUUACCUGCAUGUCCUCACCACCAACAACACAGCAAUAAACUUCUAUGAAAACAGAGACUUCAAGCAGCACCACUAUCUCCCCUAUUACUACUCCAUCCGAGGGGUCCUCAAAGAUGGCUUCACCUAUGUCCUCUACAUCAACGGCGGCCACCCUCCCUGGACGAUUUUGGACUACAUCCAGCACCUGGGCUCUGCACUAGCCAGCCUGAGCCCCUGCUCCAUUCCACACAGAGUCUACCGCCAGGCCCACAGCCUGCUCUGCAGCUUCCUGCCAUGGUCGGGCAUCUCCUCCAAGAGUGGCAUCGAGUACAGCCGGACCAUGUGAUGUCGGCUGGGCAGCCGCCACCAGGCCCCACCCUUUGGCCCCCCGCAGAGCCCGCCUUCCUGUCCAUCUGACCCCUUCUAUUUUCUGCAAGGAGCUGCCAGCCAUCUAACUGG